GGUCACGAUCUGUCAACUGUUAUUGUGUUUGGUAAACCGAAUUUUUAUCAGAAAAACUCUGUGUAUGAUGCCGGUUAUAUCGAUUAUUUCUCCAUGUUGAUAAUUUUUUAAAUUUAAAGGUCAUAUAAGAUACUUCACUGUGUAAAUUAGUUAUAGUGAUAACAACGACAACAAUGGAUCACCAAACCGAAAUAAUUGUCACCGUGCUGGGUAUUGCGUUUGUCCACUGCCUAAUCUUUUAUCUGGUGUCCCGGAAAUCGCGUACCAAUAUUCGUGGAAAACAUGUCGUGGUUACCGGUGGAUCCAGCGGAAUCGGUCUUUGGGCUGCCAUCGAAUGUGUCCGCCUUGGAGCUGAUGUUACGAUAGUAGCCCGAAAUGUUCAGCAGCUUGAGAAGGCAAAGCAACAGUUAUUGGAACGGAAAGUUCGUGAUGAACAAAAAAUUGAAUACAUCUCAAUCGACCUGGCCAAGGACUACAGUACGGUGGUGGCAGGCUUCGAGUCUAUAGAGAACCGCUCUGGACCCAUCUUUAUGCUGGUCAAUUGUGCCGGAAUGGCAGUAUGUGGAACGAUCGAGAAUACAUCAAUCGAAGAUGCAAAAUUAAUGAUGGACGUAAACUACUUUGCAACCCUUUUUCCAACUCGUUUCAUCCUUCCGAAAAUGAAAUCGGCCAAAGAAGGUAUUAUAGUGAUAACGGCAUCGCAGGCCGCUCUGGUUGGACUGUACGGUUACGGCGCUUACGGUGCUUCGAAGUUUGCUCUUCGAGGUUUGGCAGAAACCAUUGCAAUGGAAACGAAGCACUGCGGAGUGAGUGUGACGUUAGCCCUUCCGGCCGAUACUGACACACCGGGACUGGCACGAGAGAACGAAUCGAAACCCAUCGAAACAAAAAUUAUCUCCGGCUCCGGAGGAUUGGCCAAACCGCAGGACGUGGGAAGAAAAAUCGUGCAUGAUGCCCUCAAAGGUUCAUUCUUCUCGGUUUCCGGACUGGAAAGCUGGAUUUUAAGUACACUGUGCGUCGGAAUGGCACCGUGGAAGGGACCGAUUCUCUGUGUCCUGCAGUUUUAUUUGCUUGGACCAUUGCGCUUGGUUGGUUUGCUAAUCCAGUGGAAUUUCCAUAGGAUUAUUCGAAAUUGUGCCAAAGAAAAGGAGAAGGCAGAAAUCCAAUAAUUUUAGCAACUAAACACUAAUCACACGCACUUAGCAGUAGUAUUACGCAGCUCAGAGUUAUGCAUAUUUUAGCUUUAUCUUCAAAUGCAAUUGCAAACUGCACAAACAUCAAUUACACUUUUAGAAGCAAGUACUUAGAAGAGUAAUAAAAUAGAAGUAGUAGUUGAACGCUUAA